GAUAUUAUUUUGCUAUUCUCGUCAAAUCACUUUCAUUUUCCUUUUCUUUUGCCGCCUUGUUAUUUUGUCAAAUUUAACUUUUGUGCCAAGUUUGGCAGCCAUAAGCAUUGCUAUAAGAAACAAUCAAGGCCAAAGGCUCACGUACCCUUGAGCUCCUGCCAUGGCACUUGUGGAAAAAUCUGAGUCAGCUGCUCAGCCUUUAGUGGCCACAUCUGUUUUUGACAAGGGGAACUUCCCCUUCAAAUGCAUUACAGAGGAGACACCUUGCUCUUCCUGUUUUGAUUCUUCAGCCCCUCCUAAGCCCUUGUUAAUCGUCACACCAACCGUAACCGGCACUUACCCAGUAAUCGUGCUCCUCCAUGGCUUCUACCUCCGCAACUACUUCUACCAAGACAUUCUCCAACAUAUAGCCUCACAUGGAUACAUAGCUGUUGCACCUCAGCUAUACGGAUACGUGCCUUCAACUGGACCUGAAGAAAUAGAUUCAGGGGCCAAAGUCAUAAACUGGUUAGCAAAAGGCCUCCAAUCCCUGCUACCUGAAAAUGUUGUACCAGACUUCACCAAAUUUGCUCUAUCAGGUCACAGCAGAGGCGGCAAAGCAGCAUUUGCACUUGCACUUGGGCAUGCCAAAACUGCCCUGUCCCUCAAAUUUUCAGUGCUAAUAGGCAUUGACCCUGUGGCUGGCGCCAACCAACAUUGCAGAACCAGGCCCCAUAUCCUCACCUAUGAACCUCAAUCUUUCAACCUCUCCAUUCCGGUCACGGUAAUUGGCACUGGCCUUGGACCAGAAAAGAAGAAUGCGUGCAUGUCACAGCCAUGCGCUCCAAAUGGCGUGAACCACAAGGAGUUCUUUCAUGAGUGCAAGCCUCCAUGUGCACAUUUUGUUGUCAAAGACUAUGGUCACAUGGACAUGUUGGACGACGACCCGCCCGGCUUGGUUGGGGCACUUUCGGGAUGUAUGUGCAAGAAUGGGACGGGUCCGAAGGAGCUCAUGAGGAAGACUGUGGGUGGGAUUGUUGUGGCGUUUUUGAAGGCUUAUUUGAAUGGGGAGGAUGAGGACUUGGUUGCUAUUGUGGAGGAUCCUGCUGUUUCUCCUGCAAAGCUUGAACCUGUGGAGUUCAUUAGAGCAUGAAGUAAAAUAGAUCAGCUGUUAAUCUUUUCUAUGUGAUAAUGAACUUUUUCUUUGAGUGACGUAUAUUUGAUUGAUAUGCUACGUUGUAUUAAAUUUGGUGGUUGAAUUUGAAUACGUACGUGUACUAGCUAAUAAUGUUUU